UUCUUUUACGGAAAGAGGAGGAAGGGAAGUGCCCAGAGUCAGUGCUGGGGCUGGCAGAAGGCCUGGAAAGAGCACGGGAAGCAUGAGCCUCAGGUCUUGUGCCUAAAUGACAAGAGCCAAGGGGGCUAUGAAGACCUGGGCCUUAGGGCUGCAAGAGAUUCAAAAGCUCAUCAUCUAGCAUGAAUAUUGGAAACAUGAAUAGAUCUGUGAACCUGGAUUUUAAUUCUGGUUCUGCUGUUUACUGGUUGACCUUGGGAAAGUCACUUGUCUUUUGGACCUCAGGUUCCUCAAGUAUAAAAUAAAUGGUUGAAGUAUGAUUAUGGACCCCUCCCAACUAGGAAAUGCUAGGAUUCCUAUCUAACCUCUUCCUUUGAUAAGAUACAGUAUCUCAAAGAGAGAGAGAGAUCUCUCUUGCCGGGAUGAGUGGGAAAAGAGGAAGUGGUUUGGAUCCCAGCCCUGAAGGGAUAGAUGAACCACCCGGAUUUGGAAUUUAGAAUUGGAAGGGGAUGACCUGUUUUGCUGGGAGGCCUUCCUCCUGCCACAUCACCUUCAGUCAGGAUGUCGGAGUCAUUUCUUCCUGAGAUUUGGCUCUGCGAGGCAACUACCUGCCUUUGUAACCAGACUGCUCUGUGGGAUGCGUAGCACUGUGGGAUCCGUAGCGCUGUGGGACCCGUGGAUGUGAACUGGGCAGUGUGGAGGGGGCCUCAGCUCCCCAGCAGCAGCUACUCCUCGGGGUGUUGCACAAGUUCUGAGCUCACCUGCGAGCCCCCCUAGCAUCGCACCCGGCUCUGCCCCCCCCAAGGAGGACGGGGCUCGUGUGUUGCAUACUUUCUACGGCUUUGGGAGCCAGUCCACCUAGCAUUCCCUGUGGCUCCCAAGCAUGGCUGGCUACUUGAGUGAAUCAGACUUUGUGAUGGUGGAGGAGGGCUUCACCACUAGAGACCUGCUGGAGGAGCUGACCUUGGGGGGCUCACAGGAUGGAGGGGCCUCCUUCUUUGUGGCCGACCUGGGAGAUGUGGUGAAGAAGCACCUUCGUUUUCUGAAGAACCUGCCCCGGGUCAGACCCUUCUAUGUCGUCAAGUGCAACAGCAGCCCUGGGGUGCUGAGGGCCCUGGCAGAGCUGGGGCUGGGGUUCAGUUGCGCUAAUAAGGCAGAGAUGGAGCUGCUGCGGCACAUUGGGGUCCCUGCCCACAAGAUCAUCUAUACCAGCCCAUGCAAGCAGGCUGCCCAGGUGAAGCAGGCUGCCAAGCUUGGCAUUAGAGUGCUCAGCUUUGACAACGAGGUGGAGCUGGCGAAGGUGGCGAGGUCCCACCCCACUGCCAGGAUGGUUUUACGCAUUGCCACAGAUGACUCCUGUUCUCCUGCCUGCCUGAGCAUGAAACUCGGUGCUACUCCCAAGUCCUGUAGACACCUGCUAGAAACUGCCAAGAAGAUGAACAUGGAAGUGGUGGGUGUUAGUUUCCAUGUUGGAAGUGGUUGCUCCUCCGACCUUCAGGCUCUUACUCAAUCCAUCGCAGAUGCUCGCCUGGUGUUUGAAAUGGGGACUGAGCUGGGCUACCGGAUGCACAUCCUGGAUCUUGGAGGUGGCUUUCCUGGCACUGAGGACUCCAAAGUCAGGUUUGAAGAGAUGGCUUCUGUGAUCAACUCAGCCUUGGACAUGUACUUUCCUGAGGGCUGUGGAGUGGACAUUCUGGCUGAGCCUGGACGUUAUUACGUGGCCUCUGCUUUUACCUUGGCCAUCAGGAUUGUUGGCAAGAAGGAAGUUCCAUCAGAUCAGGCUGGCUUGGAUGAGGAAGACGGGGACUCUCCCAAGAGUAUCGUGUACCAUAUUUCUGAGGGUGUCUAUGGAGCCUUCAACUGUGUCUUCUUUGACAACGCUUGUCCCAUGCCCAUCUUGCAGAAGAAACCAUCUCCAGAUCAGCGUGUAUACAGCAGCAGUCUCUGGGGCCCAACCUGUGAUGACUUGGACCGUGUGGCUGAGGGCCUCUGGCUGCCAGAGCUGCAGCCGGGCGAUUGGCUCAUCUUUGAGAACAUGGGAGCCUACACCGUGGGCACGACAGCCUCCUGCAAUGGGCGCCAAACCUGCCAGACUACUUACGCCAUGUCUAGAGUCACCUGGGAAGCCGUGCGAGGCAAGCUUUUGCCUUCAGAAGAGGACGCAGACGACAUGUGUAAACCCCUGUCCUGCGGCUGGGAGAUUGCAGACACUCUGUGUGUGGGCCCCGUCUUUGCUCCCACCAGCAUCAUCUGAGCUGCCCUCCAGUCUUCCCUCUGUCUCUUCUUGGCCCUGCUCCCCUACCUGAGAACGGGCCGGUGGGGGGUGGGGGUUGGCGGCUGAGGUGGAUGGAUGCCUUCCAGGGAGGUGGAGGGAGGAGGUGGGAAACCUCUCUGAGGAGGCAAGGACUCUUGUGACCUCUGGGCCCUGUCCCCCCAAACCCCGCCUCUAGUGUUUCUGCCCUGUAAGUAGACCCAGUCUUACAAUCGCUGUAGUUAAAGUAUGCAACAUAAAUCCUGUCCCUUCCAAUGGUGUCUGUGUCCUCUCCAGCGCCAGUCAGGUCUGUCUACCUUCCUGGUCUGUCUAUCUGUCCUGUCCUUCCCCUCCCCUAGAUUCUGCUGCUGGCUCCCACUUACCCUCUUCUCUGUAAAUACAUACUAAUAAAUAUUUAGGUUUUAAUAUCUUGAGCAGAGUUGUGUCUGCCACUGUCUGGGGGUGGGUGGGCUAGUCCCUGCAUGGCCUCAGGCCAAGGUGGGAUCUGAGUUUGAUGGGGGAGCUCUGUCUCUUUUCUGCCCAGUCUUCACUGUAGCCCAAAGCAGGCCUGCCUUGAUCAGACAGACACUGCUUGGGUGGUAGAAUGGAAAGAUUUGGAGUGAGAGGGACCUGCUGCAUAUGUGACCUUGGACAAAUGACUUUCCUUCUCUGAUCCUCAGUUUCCUCAUCUGUAAAAUAUGAGUAUUAGACUAAAUGAAUAUCUCUUUCCUAUAUCCUCUUCUCUUCAUGAUUCCACAAGCAAGGUACAUUGAUUUUUUAAAAAUUUCAUUUCUCAUGAUU